AUGAGCACGACUGAGCAAAGCCAGUGGCAGCUACAUCGCGGCCAGUACCUCGGAGAAAUCUCAGCCCUCUGUUUCCUCCAUCUACCCCCUCACGCCUCCUCUCUCCCUCUACUCCUCGCCGGAACUGGUUCUCAGAUUCUAGUAUAUGAUUUGAAGAGUGGAGAUAUACUAAGAUCGUUUCAAGUCUUCGAAGGGAUUCGUGUUCAUGGUAUAUCUUUGGGGAAUUCUCACAAACACUUUCCGUGCACUUGUCCCGUCUUUCUGGUUGCUGUCUAUGGAGAAAGGAAAGUGAAGCUCUUCACAUUGAAAGUUGAAUCAGAUAGACCUACUUUAGAUAUGGAACUGACUCUUAUGCACUCACUGCCGAAGUUUGGCCAUUGGGUUAUGGAUGCGUGCUUCUUGAAGGAUGGUACAACAGCAAGUGAGGGUGCUCGUUAUCUUGCUGUUGGAUGUAGUGACAACUCUUUGUACUUCUGGAAUAUUUUGGGAGCUAGUAUGUUUUCUGAAGUUAAAAGUGCAGAGAAGUGCCUAUUAUAUUCCAUGAGUAUGUUAGGAAAUGAAAUUGAAUCUCUCCGAAUUGCAUCUGGUACUAUCUUCAAUGAGAUAGUUGUCUGGAAAGUGGUUCAGAACCAUGCUAUUAUUCAUGAGGAAGACCAUGCACGGCUGCCUAGUGAUGGGGACAGCCUUCAUCUUGAUUCCAAGUACAAGGAUGCUCUUAUAAGUAGGCUUGUAGGGCAUGAAGGUUCAAUCUUCCGGAUUGCAUGGUUCUCUAAUGGAUUGAAACUAAUCUCUGUUUCCGAUGACCGCAGUGCUCGUAUUUGGGAAGUUGAGGCCGAGAACAAAGUUUCAUGCAAAAGUUUGCCGGGUUGUGUAAAUCACUUGGUCGGCCCUGUUCUAUUUGGGCACAAUGCCAGAGUCUGGGAUUGCUGUAUAUUUGACUCUUUAAUUAUCACUGCCGGUGAGGACUGCACGUGCCGUGUUUGGGAUCAUGAUGGAAGGGAACUAAAUGAGAUCAAGGAACAUAUUGGAAGGGGUGUGUGGAGAUGUUUGUAUGAUCCAAGUUCUUCACUUCUUGUCACUGCUGGUUUUGAUUCGGCAAUUAAAGUUCACCAGUUUCAUGCAUCUUUCAAAGGAUUAGAAGGAAAUGUGGAACAAGAUGAUUUCAGUAACAGUAAGGAAGUGUUUGCUAUUUCUUUACCCAAUUUGUCAGAGCAUGAUGGGCCCAUGGACAGCAAAAGUGAAUAUGUCCGCUGUUUACGUUUCACUAGUGAAGAUUCGCUCUACGUCGCUACCAACAAUGGCUAUUUGUUCCAUGCUAGUUUAUUUACUAAUGGGUCUGUUAAGUGGAGCAAACUCACCCGAGUCAGUGGGGAAUCACCAAUUAUUUGUAUGGACAUACUGUCAAAUUGUUACAAACCCUCUGGUGGAUUUGAUGAUUGGGUUGCUGUUGGAGAUGGUAAAGGGAAUAUGACAGUUCUCUUGGUUGUCAGAAGUGACGGUACUCCAAAAGUGGAGUAUAGUGUGACUUGGCUUGCUGAAAAAGAGAGGCAUCUUUUGGACAUUUAUUGGUGCAAGUCACUAGAUAACAGGUUCAUUUUCACAGCUGCUCCUGGUGGUAGAUUGAAGUUUUGGAAGUUAUGCCACAAUUUUCCUCCUCAUACCCUGUUCAGUAAAGGAAAUGGUGAUGUUUACCUAAUAGCAGAAUACUCAUCAAGCUUUGGAAUGAGGAUACUGUGUGUGGAUGCUUCAUUUGAUGAAGAGUUGCUUGUAUGUGGAGAUAUUCGUGGUAAUCUGCUACUAUUUUCUCUGCCAAGAGGACUACUCUGCAGUACACUUAAUUCUUCAGGAAUGAACACAUCUCCAGUGAAUUAUUUCAAAGGUGCUCAUGGAGUAUCAAGUGUCAACAGUGUUUGUAUUUCUAGUGUCUCUCCUGAUCAAGUUGACAUACAAUCGAGUGGAGCAGAUGGAUGCAUAUGCUACUUGCAGCAUGACAGAGACUUGCUUAAUUUAGAAUUUACAGGGAUGAAGCAAGUCAAAGAAUUAAGUGCCAUCCGAUCUGUCUUUACCACUACUAGCCGCUCUGAUGAUUUUACUGUGAGCAAGUAUGCAGUUGGAUUUGCAUCAGCAAAUUUCAUGAUCUGGAAUGUAACUGCUGGGACAAAGGUGGUGCAAAUUACAUGUGGUGGUUGGCGGCGUCCAUAUUCAUAUUAUCUAGGUGAUCUGCCAGAGAUUAUGAACUGCUUUUCUUUUGUUAAGGAUGAUACCAUAUAUAUUCAUAGGAACUGGGUGCCUGAAGUUGAUAGGCACAUGUAUCGACGAAAUAUCCAUUUCCAGUUUCAUGGGAGGGAGAUACAUUCCUUGUGUUUUAUUUCUGGAUGUAGUUUGUGUAGUUCAGAUGAAGAUCAGGAAUUGGAUUCUGAAGAAUCUAGUUGGGUUGCAACCGGUUGUGAAGAUGGAACUGUGCGAUUAACUAGGUAUGAAUCAGGUAUGGAGAGUUGGUCAUCUUCCCAGCAUCUAGGAGAACAUGUUGGUGGAUCAGCUGUACGUUCAAUAUGCUGCGUGUCAAAAAUGCAUGUAUUCGUUCCCGAUUCCAUUGCCAUUCCAAAUCUAGUUGACCGACAAAUUGGGUCCUUGGAGGAAAAAGAUCCUUCUAUACUAAUAUCUGUUGGUGCCAAGCGGGUCAUAACUGCAUGGAAACAAAUGAUUAAUAUGCACAACAAAAGGUUGGUCACUACAUGCAGUCGGUCAGGCAAGAAGAAUGAAAGUGACUUGACAGACCCAUCUACAGCAACAUCUUCAUUCUCUUUCCAGUGGCUCUCUACCGAUAUGCCAUUCAAACAAACUAGUUGUGUGAAAAGACAAAAUGCUAAGGAACCUUUUGAAAAAGAUAGAGAUCUUAGCAUCAAGUCAGAUGCUAUCUCUGUUGAAAUGCCUUCUUCAGAUUACAGAAAUAUGGAGCCAAACAUCUGCCCUGAAAAUGACGGAAAUGACUGGAGAUACCUAGAUGUUACUGCUUUUCUUGUUAAAAAGACUGGGUCCAGGAUUUCCGUCUGUUUCGUUAUUGUUGCUUGUUCAGAUGCCACGGUUACACUAAGGGCUCUUGUGUUGCCUUUUCGGCUUUGGUUUGAUGUUGCUUUGUUCACUCCCUUGUCAUCGCCCGUGCUAUCUCUGCAGCAUGUUGUCAUUCCAAAACUGUUACCUUCUAAAGGAAAUAUACAAAUUGGAAAUAUUUACUUUGCAUUUACUGGAUCUACUGAUGGAAGUAUUGCAAUCUGGGAUCUGACGGAAUCAGUUGAAAAUUUUAUGCGGCAAACUUCAUGCCUUAAAAUGGAAAGCUGCAUGGAAAUCAAGAAAAGGCCUCGUACUGGUAGGGGAAGCCAAGGGGGUCGACGGCGGCUAUCCAUAGGCAACUAUAAUGCCAAGAACAAAGUGAGCCAUAACAUUUCACAAGAUAUAACACAGACUGUUUCAAAAUCUAUUGGAAGAACAAAAUUGGGGAAUGAAAUAGAAAAUGAUAUGUGUGAGACUUCUCUUUCUGAAAAGAGUAAUUCCCGCCGCCCUUUCCAAGUUGCCGAUGAGGGUUCAUUUGAACUGGGAAGAAAAAAAGAUGAUUUAUCACCAGAAACUACUGUGUUGGUAGCUUUGCAAGUCUUAGAUAAUGUUCAUCAAUCUGGGGUUAACUGCCUCUCUGUCACGGAUAUUAAGGACCUCAGACUCUCUGGGUCAAGCUGUUCUUUCUGUGUUGUAAGUGGAGGGGAUGAUCAGGCAAUUAACUGUCUUAGAUUUGAUUUGCAAUUAAAUCAUUUGAGAACGAGCUCUCAAGAUGGGACUGCAGAAGUGUCUACAAACUAUCAGAAUCAGCAUUUUGUGAUCCAAGAUCAUCAGAUGCAUUUUUUAUGUCUCGAUAAGAUCGUUUCUGCUCAUAGCUCUGCUGUCAAAGGUGUAUGGACGGAUGGGAUUUGGGUUUUUUCUGUUGGUCUUGAUCAACGUGUCCGUUGUUGGAACCUUGGCCAUGAUAGACUUACUGAGUAUGCCCAUUUAAUCAUUAACGUGCCAGAGCCAGAAGCAUUGGAUGUUAAAACACGUGGCAGAAAUUAUUAUCAGAUUGCAGUUGCUGGACGAGGGAUGCAGAUGAUUGAAUUCCGUACAUCAAAUGGGAUGUCAAGUGUUAGAUAG